CCUACCGACGUACGGUUAUGUGAUUGUUCGAAGAGAUCCACAGUCAGUGGACGCCUCGGAUCAUCCGACUAUCAAAGAAAACGGGACCCAUAAAGCAACUAGAAAAGUAAGACCAUCCAACGCGACGUAUGCAACGAAAGGAAAAGAGAGAAAGGAAAGAAGGAAAAGAAGGAACGCUCGUGAAAAGAGGCUCGUUAUUACAUUGUUAGCUAUGGACAGCAAGAAGCUGCAUCCCUAACUUUCUGCAGCAGCAGCAGCAGCAGCAGGAACAGCUAUAGCAGAGGAGCAGCAGCAGCAGCAGCUAUGGCAGAGGCGACGUAGAGAGAUAGAGAGAUACAGAGAGAGAGAGAGAGAUCGGAUACAGAAGAUCUCUCUCAGAAGGAAUUUCAGUGUCCCCACACCCAUCCUAAAAAAAUAAAAAUAAAAAUCCACAUAUUUAGAGGAUAAUCACAGUCGUAGAUUGAUUAUAUCGCAGUGGCUUCUGGAAAGAGGCUAUCGUCCGAUUCGGGAGCUUUUGCAGACUGGGUGGCUUCUUCUACCGCCCGCGGCGACGAUCUCUGCCUCGGCUUCAAUGCCGGUGGUGGAGGAGGCGCUGCCGCAAACCCUUCCGUCACCGCAACAACUUCAGCGGGCCAUGGUGGUCUGUGGUCCUCCACGCGACCCAUCAAUUACGGUGGUCUCUCAGAGAUGGGUAUGGUGGGCCAUCUCCGCGACGUCUUCGUCGUCGCCCCAGCUUCCUUCCACUCCCAGCAGCAACACCACCACCACAAUCACGAGCAGUUCCUUUCCGAGCAAGCUGCCGCUCUCCAUUCCAACGCAAACGCUCACGCUCACGCUCACGCUCACGCUCCUCACAACAACGCUGCUACUGCCCUCGGCGUCGGCGUUAUCCCUCUCCUCACCACCGCUCCUUGUCUAGCUGAAGAUCUCGAUGCCGCUCCCACACGUCGGAUCGGCGGGGUCCACCUCUGGCAAAACCCGAUGCAGGCUCACCCCAAUUACAUGAAAAAACCAGUAAACGAUGCCAGCGGCUCCGAUGCGAAUGCUGACAUUCUCAACGUCAAUAACAGCGGCAGUGGAAUUGGGAUUGGAACAACCACGUGCCAGGACUGUGGUAACCAGGCCAAGAAAGAUUGCAGCCAUCGGCGUUGUAGGACCUGCUGCAAGAGCCGUGGGUUCGACUGCUCUACCCACGUCAAGAGCACAUGGGUCCCUGCGGCACGACGCCGAGAACGUCAGCUCUCUGCUGCCACUGCAGCUGCUGCUGCUGUGGGUUCUACCGCAUCUACUUCCGCUGUAAAGAAGCCGAGGCUCAUCUCUUCUCAGACACUUACCUCAGCUUCUCACACCUCCACUUCCAACACCACUCCCCCUCGCAGCUUCGAUACCAGCUCCAGCCAUCAAGAUGCAAGCUUCAGAGAGAAUUUACCAGGCCACGUUCGUGCGCCAGCGGUCUUUAAGUGCGUACGUGUAACUGCUGUCGACAACGGCGAAGAUGAGUACGCCUACCAGGCUGUUGUGAAGAUUGGCGGGCACAUAUUCAAGGGGUUUCUCUAUGAUCAAGGGGUGGAAGGGAGAGAUGGGCUUCCCAACAUCUCAGACCUUCACUUAGGCGGGCCGGGCGGUGGUAGGAAUGAGGCCUCUUCUUCUUUGUUCCCAGUUCUUGAUCCAUCUGAUGUCUAUGCCGCUGCAUCCGGUGGGGGAAUGCUUGGAGGUACGGCCUACGGUAACCCAAUAAAUUGAAAUUUUCUCUUGGGUGGGGCUGAGAUUACAACCAAUGAGAUUAAAUGGGAACUGUUGGAAUCAACAACAUCUGAUUCUUCUGUUGUAUCUGAUUAUCAUCCAUUGGGGCGGUUUAGUUAGUUAUUUUUCUUAUAUAUGUAUCUUUCUAACUGCUGUACAUUGAUUCAGCCACAUGUUUUCUUCUCCUUUGCCACAUGUUUUCCUUUCCUUUCCUUUCCCCUUAUUUCCUAUAAUAACCUAUCAUGAAGUGUUUCUUAAUGUAUCAUUCCAAUGCAAGGUGUCGUUCCGGUGGGUUUUAAUGA